AUGCUCGCCCCGGGGAGUCUCGACGACGAUUCCUCCACGGGAGCUCAACCCUCGCGCGACCUCAAGCCGUCAACUUUCGUCGAGUCGCCUCGACCUCGACCGGCCGACGGCAGCUCGCAGACGGCGUUACCACCCGGAUGGAGUGCCCGGCGGUCGCCUCCUAUCACUCCUUCCCCCGCGGAUUGGUUCUGCCCCGUGGAGGUCAACAACUCCGGAAUGCCUGUCUACGUUCCCCAACCGGUGGCCACGUCGACUCCUUGGAAGUCGAACGAUCCUUCCCAUAACUCGGCCCCGUCGAACCCUUCGGUCUCGGUGGACGAAGCUAUGCAAGCCGCUAAGGACGCAGUCGACAAGGUUCACCUCAAGGAUCUAAUGGAUGGGACGGGUAGAUUCAAGGUCCACCUUCGCAAGCCCGCUGAAGCUCAAGCUAUUUUCAACGACCUCAACGCGCGGGACGCUCUAGGAAACUUCAGCACUCUAUUCGAGGAAGCAAACGUCUUCAUCGCUGAAGACCUGGAUCCUCGUGAUGUCAUCGACGCCGCCGAAUUCGAGCGAAAGCAAGCUCGUUAUCGACUCAAGGCUCGAGCCAUCUUGCGUAUCAAUUACAUAGUGGAAGGGCUCGAGUCUUUAGUCAACCAGAUGCUACGCCUGGAAGACGCUCACCGCCAAUGGAAGACCGACCACGCCAAUUCCCUCAUGGGAGCCCUCCGGGCGUCCGCAUCGCGGGGGCUGCUUUCAGACGCCUUCCGAGUCGUGCAGUACAGAGCGGCCAAGGCGAUCACGCUGAUCCACCAGCGACGCGCCCUUCACGACGGAGCAAACUACCCUGAGUCCGUCAAGUCUACCGCCUCGGAUUUCAGCCAACACGUCCGAUCCUCGAACUCCAAGCGUAUGGUCAUCGACAAGUGGCUCGACCACCCCGACAUCUUCUCGAACCUGACGCCCGAAUAUCAAGCGGUCGUCUUGAGGCGUCUGGGAAACGCGGAAGGAAUCGACUCGGAACUAACGAACUUGCAAAUUCCGCCCGAUCAACGGUUCAAAUGGCCUCCGUCCUCUCUGCUUGUAACCCCCGUGGUACAUGGAGCUUCCGUGUCGAUGGCAGAGAGCGCGGGACCCCCCUCCCGGACGUCUUCGGCCGCGCGGGUCGAAUCGGACCUAACCCGUGCGCUCUCCUCAGUCUCCUCCGAACCUUCCUCUCCCGCCAAAGCAGGAGGAAUCUCGCGAACCCCGAUUUCUCGCUUCCUCAUGUGGUCGAAGAUGUGGGAAGAAAGGUUCAAUUCCAAGAACCUCCUCAUCCUCGAAGAGAUUCGAGGGCUCAUGAUUCUGGAGCUGCCGAUCCUGAACCGCGUCCCUCCGAGCGAAGAUCUUCCGCGCCCUGGCCGCGAGGGCAUUCGGUCGCUCUCCCUGAAUCUGCGGCUGCGCAAACAGUGCGCGACGCCGUCUUCCCGUCCUCUCGACUUUUGUCCGCUCCUCGACCAUCUUCAGUACCUCAACCUCCGACGCUUGCCUCUCGACAGAGCUCUCCUCAACGGGAUGCUCCGCCUCAUUACGCUGGCCAUUAUUACGAACAAACGCGUCAGUUGGCUAGCGCGGACGGCAAGAGAACGUUCGUCUACGAAUCUCGUACUUCCGGUCAUUCCACGCAUGGAGGAAAUGUCCCUCCUGCGUCGAGUUUUCCGAAUCGAAAAGACGAGAAACGCGGCGAUUCCCGCCCACCGAGUACCUCGCACUCGAGUCAGUCCAGCCGGGGAAGAGAAGGUCCUCCACCCGGCGGCCCUCCCGGACCAAAUGGUCCUCCAGGAGGCGGAGGGGACGGAGGAGGUGGAGGCGGAGGUGGAGGCGGAAAUAGCGGAAACGACCACCCCUCCUCUAGGGAUCCCUACGGACGACGACGCCCUGAUCGGUUUUACGGUGGUCCGCCUGGAGGAGAGCCUCCUGAUCCCCGCGCCUAAGGAGUCACAAGACGAUCCUCAUCUACCUGCACAAGAUGAAUAA